UCGCUUACAGUCAGUGCUUCGCACACGGAAAUGUAAACUAAAAACAGCCACCUCUGCCGCUUGACAAGUUUUAAGGCUAGUUUUUCUAGCUCGACCAAAAGUGUUUCCCCUCCCAAAGAAAGCCGGUGUCUGUACUUCCGAAAAAAGGAGUGAAGCCCGGAAACGUCAACAGUCUUCAGCAUUUCGUCGGCACGGUGUCUGCUCGCAGGUCUGCCAGCUGGAGAGACGAUAAGCCCAGUAGCAGCUUGAAAAAAUGGAGAGCCAGAGUCAGGUUUUGGAAAGGCUGCGCACAGCGUUUGAAUCGGGUGUCACAAUACCAGAGAAGUUUCGCAGGACACAGCUGACCAACCUAAUGUCCAUGAUCAAAGACAACGAGGAGCAGAUUGUAAAUGCGCUGCACAAAGACCUCACAAAGCCAAAAUUUGAGGCCAUCCUGUCUGAGGUUGAAAUAGUGAUGAACGAGCUCCAUUACGCCCUCGGUAACCUCACAAGCUGGAUGCAGCCGGAGUAUGUGAGCAAAAACUUGGCCACAAAGCUUGAUGACUGUUUUGUACGGAGGGAACCUUUAGGAGUUGUGUUGAUCAUCGGGCCAUGGAACUACCCCAUGCAACUUCUUAUCGUACCCUUGAUUGGAGCCAUUGCUGCAGGAAACUGUGUGGUCAUCAAGCCCUCCGAAGUCAGCGCCGCCACAGACAAUCUGAUAACGGAGCUCAUCCCCAAAUAUCUGUCUAAGGACUGUUAUGCAGUUGUUCGCGGUGGACCAAAGGAGACCCAAGCCCUUCUGAAGAAUCGAUUUGACCACAUUUUCUACACAGGUUCUCAGGCUGUGGCACGCGUCGUCCUCCAGUCUGCUGCAGUCCACUUGACCCCAGUGACCUUGGAGCUGGGAGGCAAGUGCCCCUGCUUAAUAUAUGGUCGGGUGAAUGCUGCUGCUGCUGCUCGCCGCUUGGUGUGGGCCAAGUUUUUCAAUGCUGGCCAGAGCUGUGUGGCACCGGAUUACGUUCUGUGCUCGAAAGCCACUUGUGAUGCCCUUGUGCCUGCGUUGCGCCAGGUCCUGGAGGACUUCUACGGCAGUGACAUUCAGAAGAGCCCCGAUAUGUCACGCAUUGUAACACCUAAACACUGGACUCGUCUGAUGGGACUGCUCAACAGAACCAAGGGCAAGGUCGUUGUGGGAGGAGAGCACGACGAGAAGGAUAGGUACAUAGCUCCCACAGUAGUGGUGGAUGUAGCUGAAGAUGAUGCUCUAAUGGAGGAGGAGAUCUUUGGCCCCAUCCUGCCGAUCCUGACGAUUGAGUGUCUGGAGGAAAGCAUCAAAUUAACCAAAAGAAAAGAGAAGCCUCUGGCCUUCUAUGUUUUCUCAGAUGAAUCCUCUGUGGUGAAGAAGGUGCUGGAAAAUUCAAGCAGUGGAGGAUUCUGCUCUAAUGAUGGAAUUGUGCACAUGGCCCUGCCAGGCCUGCCCUUUGGAGGUGUAGGAAACAGUGGAUUUGGUCACUACCAUGGUCACUGGGGCUUUGAGGCGUUCAGUCACCAGCGAGCAGUCAUGCUGCGUGGUUGGGCUUUGGAAAAACUUAACGCCCUGCGCUACCCACCGUAUAGCGAUGAAAAGUUGAGCUGGCUGCGCUGGACCACCUCACCCAAGAGCUGCUCAAUCAUGUGAUGACCGGCAAGAAGAGUAUCCCCCAUCUGGACUGAGCACUGCAUGUUGUCAAAGGUCAUUCAAAAAAUGAAUAAAGUUGCAUGUAAAUAAAUCAUUUUAGUGUUGAAGCAGAAAAAGAAAUAGCUCUUUUGAAUUUAUUUUGUUACCCAACAAAGACGACAUUUUAUUUACCUCACUGGAUUAUUAUACCUGUGGCAGUAUCGGGCAUGUCUUAGGAGUGAUGAUGCACAUGAUAAACGUAUGAUUGUUUCCUUUUGAAAGGGCUUUUCCCAAAGUGCUCAUUUUCUGCACAAACUAUCUGCUGAAAUGUUAACUGCAUUACUGACUUACUAGCUUUAAAAGCGAGUAAUCAAAGAUGCUUCCUGUUGCCUUUUUUCCCCUCUUUGUUGUCCUACCUCUACAAACUGUGCUGUAUUAAUCCUGUGGUUUAACUUGGCCAGACUGUACCAGACUGAGGUUCUUGAAGUAAUGUGCCAAGUACUUUUUGAAAAGUUCCUGCCUUUCUAACAGUUUUGAAAAACAUCUGACAUGUCAGGUUAAUGUUUUAAAAAAGUGUGUCGAACAGCCUUAAAAAAAAAAGAAAAGAAAAAAAGUUUUAAAAAAAAUUGUCUCUCAUAAUCUUUAUAUUAUGAAGGGCGAAUGUAUCAGAGGCCAAAUCGGUGUUGGCUAUGUUUAUUUGAUAGAGCUUUUUCUGAAUGUUUUAUAAAAGUGACUUAUUUUUGUUCAAAAUGAUGUUUGCUGUGUGUCGGUAUGUUAGAAGUGUAUCAGAAUUGUAAUACUGUACACUGACUAAUAUCAUUGCAUUGACAAUGAGCAUAUCUAAUAAUACUCUUCAAAUAGGGAACAUUAUUAAAGUGAAUAUCAUCUUCAGUAAGACUUACAACUAGUGAUUGAGACAAGAACUCACAGCUAGAGAGGCCUGGAUCAAUUAUACUCACACUUCUAUUCAGCUUGAAGUAUUUUUUAAAUCACAGGAGUCACCUGUAGCUGCACACAGUUGUUGGGGUUUAAUUCAUGACGUGGCAGACAUGAGUAGAAACUUUUCUCUCAUCUGCCAGCCUGCAGCUUCGCUUCACCUCCACUACGGUUAAUUGCCUGCCUAAAAUGUUAGCAUGUUGGUCUUUUUGUAGCCAGAAGCUAUCACGUUUAGCGGUGCAACGUUUAGCUAACGUUAGCUAGCUUGAAUUAACAAGGUGUCGACUUCAAACUUAUUGUGUUAGUAAUGCAGCUAUACAAGUAAUUUUAGCAACUUUAAACCAAUAAUGCUCAUGAGUGUCUUUCUCCUGUAAGUUGAAAUCAUAUUAUAUUUGCCAGGAAAUUCUAUAUUUUGUUAUUGUUUAUUCAAUCUUCUGACAUUAAAAACAAAUACUAAUUAGCAUUUGUUAGCAUAUGCUGGUUUCAUUUUCAUGACGGUGAAAUGUCUCAUAGCAUGUUUUAAUUUGUAUCAGUCUUUCUACAUCUUUGCUACACUUGUGCAACUCAUUGCUUAAAAAUGCAUUGUCCUAUUUAUUUACUUUUUUGGUUGGGAAACCAAAAGUACACUGACAUCUCAUAAAAGCUCAUCAAAUAUGACACACUUGGUGUUACAUGUUAAGCAUAAUUUUGAUAAUAGGAGUAAUUGUUACACUAUAUUUUCAUAUGCUUCCUAAAAUUGCCUUUUUGACCUAUCAACUGAUAAAACUUGUACUAUUUCAUGUAGAAGAUUUUUUUUUUUAGAGGUUGGUUGUAUUAUUGCCGUUUUAACAACUUUACAGUUUUAGCCAGAUGGUUUCUGUCAUUGUUUUUUCGUGAAGUAAUGUGAAUAAUGUAACUUUGUUUCAUGGUGUGACAAAAUU